AUGGGCUGUAUGAAGAAUGUGGAUGGAGUUGGAGGGUUGUUGAGGUCUGAGGGUGCUUCUACGGUCUGAAAGUGUGCCCUAUGUGAUUUGUGAGGUCUUUUGAGGUCUUCUGAGGGUUUGUGCGGCUAUUGGGAUCUUGAUUGUGGAGGAAGGUGCGGAAUGAUGAGAAUUGAGAGAUUAUGGGUGUUUGUGGCCAUAAUGUGCGAGAAUGGCUGGAGUUCGUCAGUGAUGUUGUCUGAGUGUAAGAUGAUUGCGAUUGGCAGGGGUUUAUGAGGUUUUGAAACUUGAAUUUGAAUCGGGGAUGCUUUGUGAGACAUUUUCUGGCUGUUCGCUUGAGGAUCUUUCUUGUCAUGUUCGGGGCUUUGAGCGCUAUUUUUUGUGUUUUGUGUUGCUGAAGGAAGUUAGUUAUGGUAUUUAUUUUGGGAUACUGUGUAUGGAUUUUGAUUUUUUUGUCAUCAUUUUGCAUUUUAUAGCGAUUUUUCGUUUUUUGAACUCGUUUUGGUUUUAUUUCUCUAUUUUUUAUUUUCAGAUACCGAACCUCUGCCAUUUCUCCACGGUAUCCAACCAUCUUCGUCGUUUUUUUAUUUUCAGAUUGCCCAGAAAGCACAGUGUGGUGGGAUCGGUGGAUUUUGGCAACUUUGGGCAUAUUGUAAGCAAAUCAGUGAAAAUCAAGAUCAGAUAAGUUACUCUGUAUCAUUUUGAUGAUAUUUUUUCCCGUUUCUAACCGUAUUGAUAGAUUUUUUUCAGACUUCUGGCACGUCUUGUGAUGGCUUCUGGAGCUCUGCAUUGUUGGAAUGGCGGUUUCUGGAACUGGAAAUGAUCACCGCCUUUUUUGCCUUUUCAGAUCUGGACGGAUUCUGCGAAUCCGGCUUCACUUUUGAUCUGGGAACUCUUCGAGUUUCCAGAUCCGACCCUUGA